UUUAUUGUAUUUCAGAAAUGAGUAGAAAACAGACACCGAGUGAAUUUUUGAAGCAAAUUAUUGGGCGCCCUGUAGUAGUGAAGCUGAACUCAGGUGUGGAUUACAGAGGUGUGCUAGCCUGUUUGGAUGGGUACAUGAACAUUGCUUUGGAGCAGACAGAGGAAUAUGUAAAUGGCCAACUAAAAAACAAAUAUGGCGAUGCUUUCAUCAGAGGGAACAAUGUAUUAUACAUCAGUACGCAGAAGAGGAGGGUAUAAAUAUCCGAGGGAGAGGUAGUUGUGAGAACUUGGUGUGAGAAAGUGAGAGUGGAUGUGCUGGAAUAUGAGUGAAUAUAUUGUGUAAAAUAAAAUGGAAGCUGUAUACUGAAUUUGUGGGCUAGAGGAAAUCACAGGAAAGGAGACAGCUGUGAUUUUUAUAUUUCAAAAAAAGUGCUCGGAACCAUCACACAACAAAUGCAAAAAGGAGGGAGACAACUGCGAUCUUGAGAAAACAUAUCUAAAAAUUGCCACCAUUACAUAGCAGAAUGCAUGGAGGCAGAUUCCAAGGAAAAGGACACCUUUCUUAAUAGGAAUUUGGACUUGGCAAGAAACAAACUGUUGUGAAUUUGAUAAUGGACCAUAUGUCUUAGGCUAAAUGCUUAAGUAACAUUAGCUCAUCCGAUGUCAGGAAAUUGAUUCUAUUGUCAACAUGGAUUCAGUCUAUGUAUGCAUUGAGACCUAUGGUUGCAUUCAGCUUUAGGGGCUGGCGAGGAAUGUUACAAAAAUGUAUGAAAAAUAUGUCAAUAAGAUUCAUCAAUUUGGAAAUAUGUAAUAUCAAAAAUUUACUUGAUACACAAACGAUGUAUAUGUUAAACGUGUCCCAACCUUUCAGAUCCAACUAGUGCCUGUAUGUCAAGCUAAGACUUGACACGAGUCAUAGCUUGACAAAGGGACCAGUCAGUCUAUAAACUUUGUGACACGUUGAACACAUACAUUGUUUGU